UGAAAUUUGAAGUCACUAAUAAACUCAAUUCAAUUCAAUGGAAGAGUCCAAGUCAGCCACAACACUCAAAUCAUUCACUCACUCAAUAUUCACAUUUCAACCCAUUGGAGUUGCUGCUUCCUCGAUGCAUCCUCACAAUCAUGCAUUGAAUUUGCAUUUGCAUUUGCAUUUGCAUCGCACUCCACCACACAUGACUCACGACACACACAACCUCAAAUUGGAUCAUACAUUAACUUCUCACUUUUUCUCAUUAACCAAAACAUCAUCGUAAUAUUAUUCAUUAAUUUCAUACUACCCAACCAUGCAAUAUGAGAAAAAGCUUAAGUAUAUUUUUCUUAAUUAAUUAAUACAAUAAUAAUUAAGUUGGUCCUCGUGGGAGAGAUGAACACGUGGCCCAAAUGAAGGGUGAGGAUGUUUCGUUGAGUUGGUAAGUAUGAGGAUGACUAAUAAGGACAUUGAAAAUUGAAACCACCAUAAAUAGCCCACCAUUGCAAACUUUUCUUCCUUCCUCACCAAACCAAACCAAACCAAACCAAACAAAAACAAAACCAAAUUGUGUUUCCCUCCUUCCAUAACUCAUGUUACCAUGUCCGGUCCUAUUCCUAACGAUCACUGGCUCCAUUUCUAUCAACAACCCCAAUUCUCCAGCGGCGCUCAAGAGCUGCUCCCCUCUUCUGUUUCCGAGGCUACAGCCGUCACAACCACCGUGGCGCCGGCCCAGUUGAGCCCAGAGGGCGGAGUGUCGAAGCCCGUCAGGCGGCGUUACCGGGCCUCCAGGCGAACUCCCACGACUCUUCUUAACACGGACACCACCAACUUCCGGGCGAUGGUGCAACAGUUCACCGGUGCUUCUUCUGCGCCUGAUCUGUUUGGGCCGACACGUCCACUCCCUGUCAACCCUAAUGGGCUGAUGUUGGCCCCUUCUCACUCUCUUCAGCAGCAGCAACAGCAGCUUUAUCAGCAGCAGUUCUACCCAACAUCAUACGCGGAAGGAGCAGAGAACGGUUUGUUUGACAGAGUGAGCAACGGAACGGGAUCAACAGCGACAAAUGAUGGAGGUGGGGUUUUGAUGGAGCACGCAAGGCUUUUCUUGCCAACUUCCUCUUCUUGAUUCUUCCCACUCAGACUGAGAGCGACAUAUGCAAAGCAGAACAGAACUUGGAUAAUUAGGUGCUAACUUGUUGACAAAACCUCCUAUCUGCGUCAAUGUGAAAUGGAAUUUUACGUUUCUUUCUCUGCUCUAGGCACCACAAAUCCAUCUAUCUUUUUUUUUUCUUUUUAUCUUUAUUAUUUCGAUGAUGAAGAUGAUCAUGCUGUGCUUCUAUAUCUUUUUCUGGGUGUUGCCCCAGGCUUUUAUUUCUUUUUUGUUUAAAUCUCUGUAUUUUUUUUUAUUUAUUUAUGUAUUUUUAGUUAAUUGGCAGCCUUCUCUUUGGGGAGUCCUAGUUCCAGAAUAUUUAGUUUAGUUGUUUUGGAUAUGGUCAGUUGGUCACAGCCUGCCAACCAACACUCUUUUACGUAUGUUGACUUGCUUCCUAUU